ACAGACCAGUAGGAUAACGUCACUGUUGUUUUUCGUUUCAAAAAUCAAGAAAAAUAAGUGACCGAAAGCACGCGAACAAAGGAAAUUCUUCACACAACCAAUAUUUUACCGUAAACACCACUUUAGGUGUGAACAAAAAUGUUUCGAAAGCCACAGAAGCCUAGUUCCGGGAGGAAACCCAAUUUGUCGCAAUUUGGACUACUAGACAUAGACCCUAUGGAUGAUGAUGAUGAACCAAUGCAUGGUUCUGAUGAUGACAUGGACUUGGAGGCAGAGCUGGCAGCCAUCAGUGGUGGAGGUGCGAGGCACCGGCCCCGGAAACCGGCUCCUAUGCCAGCAGCGGACUUGGAUGCCAUGAUUGCUGCAAGUCUGAAGGAUAUACCGUCGGAUGAUGAGGGCUCUGGCGAUGAUGAUGACCCAGACCUUCUCAGUGAGCUGCAAGAGCUGGGCCUAGACGAGGCACCUGCACCUCAAGCACCACUGCCUCGUGCACCAGCACCUCGAGCACCACUACCUCGUGUCGCCAGCGCAGACAGCAGCACCAUAAGUCUGCUGCAGGACAGGAUUACUAACUAUACUGUUGCUGAGAAAAACGCCAAGGCUGCUGGUGAGAGCAGCCGCGCUCGGAGAUUCGGCCGAGGCCUAAAAACCCUAAACGACCUCCUGAAGCAAGCGAAAGCCGGCGCCACAAUAGCCAACGACGACAUCCCGCCGCCCGUGGCUGUGGGCAAGCCUGCCCCGGCGGCCCCGGCGGCCCCGGAGCCGGCAGCGGAGCCCCGCGCGCCGGCUAGGCCUGCGCCGGCCAUACCUGAGAGUCCCAGUUCCCCCCCGCCGUCCGCCCCGCCGCCGCCGCCGCCGGCGGAGGAAGCUCCGACGCCGCCGCCGCGCGCCGCCAGCCUGCGGAGCCCUACUGAGCCUGCGCCGCCAGCCUUGGACCCGGCUAAGCAGGAGGGCUUACAGACUAUACUUAGACGCAAGGAGGAAUUUAAGGCCGCAGCCUUAGCCGCCAAACACACAGACAAGCAACUCGCAUUAGAAUAUCUCAAGGUCGUCAAACAGUUCGACAUGGUGGCCGAGGCUUGGAAAUCUGGACAGGAGAUGGAUCUGAACGAGUUGCCCACUCCUGAAGCUAUCGCUGCGGGUUUCAAGGCCCAACAGAAGGGCGAAGACCAGACACAAGGCGCUACAGAAACACCACCCGAAGCACCAGCUCCAGAGGAGGCGCCCGCGCUCAUCACAGCGACCACAAUGGCGGAGGCUCUUAAACAGAGGCUAGCCGGAUUCCAGGAGCAAGAAGCGAAAGCAAAGGAGCAGGGUAACUCUUCAAAAGCGCGUCGCAUGGGUCGCAUAGUCAAGCAAUACCAAGAAGCCAUUAAACUGCACGCGGCUGGCAAGCCCGUGCCCGUAGAUGAACUACCGCCUAUCGCUGGCUAUGGACCUAUACCUACUGAUAGUCAGUCACACCCCGCCCCCUCCCCCUCGCCGGCGCCCCGCCCCGCGCCCCCCGCGCCCCCCGCGGCGGCGCGACAAGCCACGCGCUACGACAAGCAACUAGCGCUCUUAUUGCACCGCCAGAAGGAGUUUAGAAACGCCGCGAUCGAGGCUAAGAAGGCUGGCAACAUUGAACAAGCGAAAGAAUACUUACGGGCAUCUAAAGGCUUCGACGCAGUGAUAGACGCGGCGAAAGGCGGACUUGCCGUCGAUUUGAAAUCACUCCCACUGCCUCCUACGGCCAAGAAACAGCUUGAUCACACUUUCGACGUAGUAACAGCGGAAGACUGCACACCGCCCGACGACGAGCCAAUCACCGGCUCAGACGACGACAUCUUAACCAGGCUACACCAGCAGCUAACCAGCCAGUUGAAGCUGUGCCAGGCCAACCGCGACCACAAUAGGGCCAUGGGGAAUAUAGCCGAGAUGAAUAGAUUCGAGCAUCUUGCUGUUAGAGUGAAACAGGACUUGGAUGUCGUUGUUGUUGCUAAAAGUUUAAACCAAAACCCCCCUAAAUUCCACUACGAGUCGCGACAGUUCGCCGUGGUGCAAUGCAAUACGGACCUCAACGAGAACGACUUAGAGCUCACAAUCGUCCGCGGGAUCGCCUACAACGUGCCCAACCCUAAGGAAGUCGAUACUUACGUUAAAUUCGAGUUUCCUUACCCACAAGACGCGCCAAUAAUAGACAGGACGUCCCAAGUAAAAGACACAAACAACCCGGAGUACGGAGCGGUGUUCCCCCUCGCCAUACACCGGGCGGCCCGACCUUGUCUCCGGGUCUUCAAGAGGCAUGGCAUCAAGUUCGAGGUCUACUCCAAGGGCUGUGUGGUGUGCGGCGCUCACUCCCUAUUGUGUUGCAGCGGCUGGUUCUCCAGGGACUCCUUACUGGGCUCGUGCACGGUCAAGCUGGCGCCGUUGGAGACGCAAGUUACCAUACAUGAGGCGUUUCCGCUCAUGGACGGCCGACGGCCAGCAGGCGGCUCGCUAGAAAUCAAACUGCGCGUGCGGACACCGCUACAGCAGCAACAGAUAGAAAGCACCACGCACCGCUGGCUCGUUAUAGACAGCUAAGAAACUUAAUGCUUCAACCCCACACUGAUAAAUUCACAUUUUCAUACGAUUUAUGUGUGCGUAAAAUUCGUCUAAGCAUCAUAUGUAUUUACAUAAGAGUUGGACGUUUAAGGUCACACUUCCAUACUCUAUGCAGACCAUAAUCCAUGCUUCCAUACUC